UGCUCUUCUGCUUCCUGUAAUUCAUAGAAUCCUUUCAACGAUUCACCCAAUUCAAACCUUACAAUCAAUGGAUCAACUAAAACCUAAACCUGUAAACUCUUCUCCUCUCACCCCAAUAGGAUUUCUUGAAAGAGCAGCAACUGUCUAUGGCGAUUGCCCUUCCCUUGUCUUCAACAACACCACCUACACUUGGUCACAGACCCAUCGUCGAUGCCUCCAACUCGCAUCAUCACUCUCAUCUAACGGUAUCAAGACUGGCCACGUCGUCUCUGUUGUGGCACCAAACAUUCCAGCCAUGUACGAACUCCACUUUGCUGUCCCCAUGUCUGGUGCCAUCCUCAACAACAUCAACACAAGGCUCGAUGCCCGCACCGUAUCAUUGCUCCUGCAACAUAGCGAAUCUAAACUCGUCUUUGUUGAUCAGCACCUGAGCUCUCUUAUCCUUAAAGCUCUCUCUUUGUUCCCACCUAAUAUCGAAACCCCGAGGCUCGUCCUCAUCACCGAUGAUGAUGAUGAUGACACGUCAUCAUUACCAACCGCUGAAUUCAUCGACACUUACGAAAACAUGGUAAAAGAGGGUAAUCCUGACUUCAGGUGGGUCCGUCCCAAGAGUGAAUGGGACCCAGUAGUUUUAAACUACACAUCUGGCACAACCUCGGCUCCUAAGGGAGCGGUGCACUGCCACAGGGGACUCUUCAUCGUCGUCGUUACUUCACUAAUCGAUUGGGCGGUUCCGAAUCAGCCGGUUUUCUUGUGGACCUUACCUAUGUUUCAUGCAAACGGUUGGUGCUUCCCUUGGGGCAUGGCUGCCGUCGGUGCAACGAAUGUUUACCUCCGAAAAUUAGACGUGUCCACCAUCUACGGCUUGAUUAAACAACACGGUGUGACCCACAUGUGUGGUGCACCUGUGGUUCUCAACAUGCUAUCAAAUCCAUCAGAGGCUGAACCUCUUCAACAUCCGGUCCACAUUCUAACUGGAGGUGCUCCGCCGCCAGCACCGGUGCUGUCUCGAAUCGAGUCACUCGGUUUCAUCGUGACCCAUGCUUACGGGUUGACUGAGGGAGCCGGUGUCGUUUUGUCAUGUGCAUGGAAACAACAAUGGAACAAAUUACCUACAAAUGAGAGGUCAAAGUUAAAGGCAAGACAAGGAGUUGGGACAAUCGGAUUGAGUCAACUGGAUGUGGUGGAUCUGAAUUCAGGAGAAAGUGUGAAACGAGAUGGGUUGACUCGCGGGGAGAUAGUUUUGCGAGGAGGAUCCAUCAUGUUAGGUUAUCUCAAAGACACGAAAAGUACAUCCAAAUGUUUAAAAGAUGAUGGUUGGUUUUACUCUGGAGAUGUGGCGGUGAUGCAUCCUGAUGGUUAUGUAGAGAUCAAAGAUCGAUCAAAGGAUGUGAUUAUAAGUGGUGGAGAGAAGAUAAGCAGCACUGAGGUCGAGUCGACUUUGUAUUCUCAUCCUAUGAUUAAUGAAGCCGCUGUGGUGGCUCAACCACACUCGCUUUGGCAGGAGACUCCAUGUGCGUUUGUGUGUUUGAAGAGUGAGUUGACUCAGAAACCUACGGAGAAAGAGAUAAUAGAGUUUUGUAGGGCUCGGUUGCCGCAUUACUCGGUACCCAAGACUGUAAUUUUUAAGGAUGAGCUACCAAAAACCGCAACUGGGAAGAUUCAGAAAUUUGUUCUAAGGGAAAUUGCAAAGUCGAUGUUGUAUUCACGUAUGUAGGAAGUAAAGCUCUAGCACUAAUACAAUAAAUUGCUUUCUCACUUCAUUCUGAACCACUGGUAU